AUGACCGAACGAGCCAUCGUCCCCGCCACGGCCACCGUGCCCUUUGCCUUUCGCUUCAUCCUCACCGUCCUCGAGCCCCUGGCGGCCCUCCACGGCGCCUGGAUGUGCCUGUACAACCCAGGGCGCUACCUGGCCGCCAUGACCCGCGACGCCUUCCCCUUGUCCCCGUCCGAGACGUACAUCUACACGACGGUGGGGGGGAGCUGGAUCUAUUUUGCGUUUCUCGAGGCCGUCGUGAUGCGUCUGUUUGACGACGUGCGUCUGUGGCGGUACCUGUGCGCGGGCAUUCUGAUGAACGACGCGGUGUACUGCCACGCGACUGCGCAGGCGGUUGGGGGAUGGGAGGUGUGGCUUGAUGUGGGAAAGUGGACGAGGGAUGAUUAUGUCGUGUUUUGGUCGACCUGGCCGUUGAUCGUUGUCAGGGUGUUGGUGGUGUUGGGUAUUGGCUUGAAGAAACUACCCGACAAGAAGAAGCACGAAUGA